AAUGUAGUAAACAUUAUUACCUGUAGUUGUUUUGUUUCGAAUUAUAGAUAGUAUAUUGUUUAAAAUAUGAGGAAAGGUUAAACGUUAAAAAAGAUGUUAAUGUAUUACACUCACUUCGAGAAUAUCAUAAAACAUACUAGAUUGGGUACCCGCCAAUCCUAGAACACGGAUUUCUACGUCACAGAGUGCAAUAAAAUAAGUGCCGUCUGCUUUCAAGAUUAGUUUGAAGCUGUACGUUACUCGCGCUGCACGUGUUUAUGUGUUGGAUAAGGGAGACGGAAAACUACAACGGGCGAGGCAUGUUUUCCGCCUCCCGUUGAAUAACAUCAACAAUAAAUACAUACAUUGGUUCACGUAUAUGCAAUGGAAUUAUCAUAUAAGAUAGUAUUAAUAACUAUUUAUAUACUACCAUUUGAUGCAUUUGAUGUAAGUAGUAAUUCUAUACCACGAUGUAGUGCUCGGGAAAAUACUUACUGGAAUACAAGUAAACACAAAUGUUCCCCAUGUCGGACAUGCUCCGCUGGUACGGCAAGGAACUUAAAUAUUGAGAUUGAGCUUAAGACGGGGCCUUACGGCGAUGAAGAGUGCUUCCCGUGUCAGGAAUGCCCCAAGGACCACUACGUCUACAUUCCCACGUUAGAGUUUCUUCUACCGUACUGUACCAAGUGUUCAGCCGACUGUGCCUCGGUGAACCGGUACAGGAAGAAGGCAUGCUCGAGCCAGAGCAACUUGGAGUGUGGGGACUGUCUACCGGGGUAUGAGAACAAAUACGGGAAUUCAGAUUUCCCGUGCACAAAAAAGACACCUGUAAAAAGCUUCUCUGAAACAACCACUCCUGUGGCCAAUCCUGCAAACACACAAGUUCUCGUCGGAUCACCGCAUCAGGGGAAUGAGAGCGUCGGCGGGUUUGCAUCACUUCCGAUGGCUCUCCAUGUCCUGAUCAUUGUCCUCGCAGUGAUCGCCGUGUUCGUUAUUGCUGCCAUUUCCGGGGCAUUUGCGUGUCACAGAUACUGUCCGCGGAAGUCGACGUCAAUGGAAACUCUCAGCACCAUAUCUGCAGAAUAUUCUUCGCUAUCUACCAGUGAAGUAGAAAUGGACGGCGGGGGCAAGGGUCGAGAACAAAAAUUGGUCAGGGGAGAGUUGGCCAAUCCCGUAUCAUUACCACCCGAUCAAUUAUCUCUCUUGGCUGGCGCCUUGAAAAGUUUUAAUCGGACGACCUCCAAUUGGGUGUGUCACUGCACAACAUCCCCAGUAAAUUUUUGCUCAGACUGCGUACCAAUACUAGAAAAACCAAACAGCAAAAUCGGAAAUAAUUCGGAAAUUAUUAGCUUCAUCGCCAGCGAAGUGUGUCACGAUCCAUUACAACUGUUUUGGGCCAUCGGUGUCCAAGACUCCGAUAUUUAUAAUCUUCACAGUGACCGGAGCAGAACUCCUGAAAAGAUCUCGCAGAAAGAUUUUAUUUAUAAUGUUUUAAAUCGCUGGCUACAGGUCAACACGGAGUCAACGUACCGUGACCUGUUUAAAGGGCUAUGUCAAGGAGGUUUCCAUCAUAUUAAUAGAUCCGUGUGUGCUCAAUAUGAUUUAAUAAUAAGCACAGUAAUGUACACAAUGGAUGCACACACAUUACAUAACAUACUUCGCAGCACGUUUAACAUCAAUGAAAAGCUUCAGGCCGAGGGCAUAUUUGUGGCCCUUCAAUGCGGCACCAUGACAGCAAAUGGGCUGGUCAGUAUCGGGAUUGGUGAGAGGUUCGUAGUCGUCGCCGGAAUCAACCCCCGCGGACCAGAUAUCGACUACAAUCCGGUGUCUUUCACUCCAGCAGGUAUGGUCAGUGUCACGUACAAAAAUGCCAGCACGAUUGUAACAAUCUCCAGUCAGCUCAAAGGCGAGAAUUCCUUUCAGUUUUGCAGCAGUAGCAAGUCCGCCGCUAUAUGGAAUGAUUUCACCACCGCCAUUGAUUACCAGGCGUCUAAGUUAAGCGGCGACAGUUGGUGCAGCUAG